AUGCCUGAGGAUCCAUCACCUGCGCCACCUACAACACUAAAGAAGACCAAAAAGGUGUGGUGUAAGAAGAAGACGGUCAUUGUCCACUACUACUUCUCCAGGCCCGUCAAACGGAAACAAGUUGCCUUUGAUCCACCGCUCGAGCCCAUGCUCGCCCCUCAACGGCGCUGGGAAACGAAGGCAGCAGCAGCCUUUGUCCACCGACGUCUUCGAUCGCGAUGUCCAGAGACUCAGGACGAUACUUUGGCGGCACAGUCCGGCGUGGCUGAUGCCACCGCUGAAGCCGCCCCUGCCCCAGCGCCGGCAUCAGGUGUUACGCUUCCCAUCACCGGCACUGACAACGGCGGAGUCCUGGGCAGCCUGGAUUACAGCGUCACCGUCGGGUACGGCACACCGGCCCAGCUGCUGCCGAUGGACUUCGACACCGUGCGGUUAGGCAGCGGCACCUCGGCGCUCCGGUGCAAGCCAUGCCGUGGCGGUGAACUGCCGUGCGACCCGGCAUUCGACCCCAACAGGUCGUCCUCUUUCGCCCCAGUCUCGUGCGGCCCGGAAUGCCCAUCCGAGUGCCGCGGAUCGGGUUGCUCCUUCGAUGUCACGUUCAGGAGUAACCAUUCCGUCGCGGCCAAUGGCACCUUCGUCAAAGACACGCACUGCUGGAGAAUGUCAUAUUGCGGGCUGCUCGACCUAAGCCGGAGCAGGUUCUCCUUGGUGUCCCGGCUGAUCACCUCUUCAUCCCCCACCGGCAAUGCUACGGCCGCCUUCUCCUACUGCCUACCAGCGUCGCAGAAGAGCUCCCGUGGCUUCCUCUCCAUCGGCGCCACCCUGCCCGAUUUCUCCGGUGGCCAGGCUGGCUCCACCCCAUUGGUGAUGGACAACUACCCGCUUUACAAGAACAGCUACCUGAUCAAGCUCAGUGGCAUCAACGUCGGUGGGACCGAGCUCCCGGCCACUGAGUCGAACCUCGCAGCAUUGGAGGUGGGGACAUCGUUCACCUUCUUCCCACCGGCGAUCUACAGCGCUCUCCGUGACGAGUUCCGCAAGCAGAUGUCCAUGUACCGGUCGGCGCCGCCUUACCGCAUGCUCGACACGUGCUACAACUUCACGGGGUUGCACGGAUUUGACGGGCCGGUCGUCAUCCUCGAGUUCGAGGGCGGCGCCACUCUGCAGCCGGACGUGCAUCAGCUGAUGUACUUCGUUGAUGGCGAUGACUCUUUCAGUCACGUCUGCCUCGCCUUCGCCGCAUUGCCGGAGGACUUCCCCUACGCGGUGAUCGGGAACUGGGCGCAGCAGACAGUGGAGGUGCUGUACGACGUUCGGGGAGGGAAGCAACAGUCUGGCUAUGAAUAG